AGUGCUCGGAUCCGGCUGAAAUAAAGUCCAUAUUGUAGAGGGUACCCAUAGGGACUCUCAUACCAAAUUUGAGCUCAUUUGGUUGAAAACUGGCUUGUCGCUCGGGGGUUAAAGUUUACAUGGAAAUUACUAUGGAAAACGCGUGCUUUAGCUUCAAACGCUCCUACAAGCUAAGCGACAAACUUUAGUCCACACUUACACUAGGUAGCCGUGUCGGGGGUGGUCCAAGGAACAUUUUUCUCUAAGGGUUCAUGGUCAUCCGUUCAACCCUGAGCUUGCGCAAAGCCGAAACAUCCGGCGACGCCGGAAUUCUUCGAAUCUCAGUUUUAACGGUCAACGCAUGCUACAAACUAUGACAGAAGCAUCGUUUGAUUGAAUGGAAAACGCGACGCCAAACGUCAACUCACUGUUUGGAAGCUAAUGUGAGGGUUUGCCUUUUGUUUUGCGCUUUUCCAACAAAGUGUUUUUUUCUUGAAAAAUAAAAUAGUUUUCAAUAGGUAAGAUGAAAAUAAUCAUGGCCUCCGAACCCGAGUUCGUCGUAGAGCGGGUCGUUGCGAAGAGAACCCGGCGCUAAAAGGUCCAGUUUCAGAUCAAGUGGAAACUUACGAGGAUUCCAAAAACACCUGGGAACCGGAGAAAAAUCUCAACUGCCAGGAUCUUCUGGAGAAAUCUGCACGCGAGGAGGGCGAAAAGCGGGUCAGCCACGACAAGCGAACAUGGAUCGGGUCGUAGAAGAUGGGGGGCCCUCCGGUGAUUCCGGCCAAACGAACGAAGGCCAAAAACGGAUUCAAAAAGGUUACGUGGCGGAGAAGUUGGAAGGAGUGCCCGAAGAGGACGGCGAACGGACGUUCCUGGUUCGUUGGAAGGGAGUCGACGAGGUGGAACUGGUCCAGUCCAAGAUGGUCCGCCUGCACGUUCCGGCGCUGGUGAUUUAUUUCUCUGAGAGCCGUAUCAUCAACGCGGCCAAGAUAAGCGUGCAGUAGAAGUUUAAGUGAUACAAUGUUGAAGAUAUUCAUAAAACUUUAGUAAAAUAACUUUUAUUGGUCUUAAAAAUAAAAAAUAAAAAAAAACUAUACUUUCUUAGUAUGUUUCUUACAAGUAGAAAUAUUAUCAACGUAAACCGAUGCUAACCGCUUCAAUAAGGACAAUGAUUUCAUGUCCUGUCCAUCCCGAUGGCUCUUCCGGUGAACAUCUCGCCGACGAUGCCGCUGGACCUGCCAGACGAAUCCCAAUCCGGCUAUUCCGCUGGCACUGUGCAUCGAGCAACCACUUCCCUCCACGAAGUCCAACCGUAACUACCUCUACAUGUCCUGC